UCAUGCUGACAGGACAAAUUGUGGAUGGAAGGGUUUGUGGCUGGGCAGGUGUCCCAGUCCCUCCACUGGAAGUCUUGCCUGGUUACAGGAAAUGGCCAGUUCAGGCUCCAUAUCCUCCAUUGCUAGCAGUCUUAACUUACACAAAGUGUGCUGUUAAAAAAAUUGAUAAACAAAGGUUUGCUAACUUAGAGGAAGAGCGCUCAUCACUAGAGGAAAAGGAAGUCUCAGUGACAAGCUUAUGCAAGAAUGGCUGUGUCAAGGGCACCAGCAUCUGACUCGGGCUCUCAGAGGAUGGUCUGGCUGCUCCCACUGGUCUUCUGCCUUGGCUCAGGGAAUGAAGUUUCACAAAGCAGCCUACCCCCCCAGCCAGUGAAUGGUAUCCUAGGGGAGUCUGCAACUUUUCCUCUAAAGCUUCCGGCAGGAAAGAUGAUCAUUGUGUGGAAUUAUAGGAGAGAAGCGUCGCAUGUCACUACGAUCCUCAUCAUCCGGCUACAUCCGUCUGAGAAACCACAGAUCAUACACCCUGAUCCCCAGAGGAAAGAGCGACUAAAUGCUACCGAGUCCUAUUCCCUGCUCCUCAGAAACCUCACAAUGGCAGACACAGGACAGUACAGCGUGCAGAUAACCACAGAGGACUCUAAACCAGUCGUCUUCAGUUAUACUCUGAGGGUGUUCGAACGACUGAGUAACUUAGAAGUCACCAACCAUACUCUCCUGUUUGAGAAUGGGACCUGCCAGAUGCACCUGGCCUGUAUUGUGGAGAAUCCAAAUUCUACUGUCUCAGUUGGGUGGCAGGCCUCAGGGAACAUCUCUUUAGGGGGACCAAAUCUCACUAUCUCUUGGGACCCGAAGAAUUCCAGUGACCAGAAUUACACCUGCAGAGCUGAGAACGCUAUCAGCAAUCUCUCCGUCUCUGUCUCUGCCCAGAGCCUUUGCAAAGGCAUUCUAACUAAUCUUUACUGGAAUCCACAGUGGCUUAUAAUUACUGCAAUAAUCAUAGCUGUCCUUGUGGGCGUGGUCAUUUAUGUUUGCAUGAAAAGGAGAGGUUUUCUUCCUUUGGCUAGCCAACAUGCAGAUUACCCCAGGAACACAGAUGCUCCAGGCUCCCCUGGGAACACUGUGUAUGCACAAGUCAUCCGCCCAAUGCAGGAAAUGGAAAGCUCCAAGUCCAUAAAAAAUGAUUCCAUGACAAUUUACUCCAUAGUUAAUCAGGCCAGAGAGCCCAUCUCUCAUGGGAUAAAUACUUGUAAGGACAUCAAGUAAGUUGGUGAAAGCUUUGAAGAGACGCAAGUAGAACCUGUCUACUGAGCCCUUGGAAGAGGACACAGAAGAAGCCUGGUUUCCAGAGCACUAUACCUG